AUGUUGGCGCCAAUUAAGCAUUUACUGGGGAAUUAUCGCAUUGUUUUGGCCAGUGGAUCGCCACGGCGGCAGGAACUGGUCAAAAUGUUGGGUCUCAAUGCGGAAUUGUGUCCUUCCACUUUUGAGGAGGAUUUAGACGUAAAGGACUUCAAGGAGUUCUCUGAUUACAUAGAGGCCACGGCUCUGGGGAAAGCGGAGGAAGUAUUCUCGAGACUGAGUUCCUCUGGGGACUCUAAGAACUUGAUUGUGAUUGCUGCAGAUACGAUGGUGACCUUGGGGAAGGAGAUUUACGGAAAGCCCAAGGACUCCGCGGAUGCAGUUCGCAUGCUUACCAAUUUAUCUGGAACCUCUAAUCGCGUUUUUAGCGGCGUUAUCCUUAAACAUGCCUACGGAAUUCGCAAAUUUACGGAUACAGCGGACGUAUACUUUGGUGACCUGCUGCCAGAACAAAUUCAAAGCUAUGUAGAUUCCGGAGAUCCCCUAGAUAAAGCCGGUGCUUAUGGCGUCCAAGGACCUGGAGGUGCUCUCAUUCACCGGAUCGAUGGCGAUUUUUACUGUGUGAUGGGACUACCCCUUCACCGGCUGUGCUGCGAACUAAACAAGCUCUUUCUGGAGGAUCUCUCCUCAUAAACGAGGUGUCAACGACGCUUCUUUCUCAACCUAACUGUAUGGGGUUUAUGCGGCAACAAGCGUCAGAGGCUACACACGCUCUGGUGAUUUUAAUCUUGGCUGAUAAGCGGCUAUAUCUCCUAUUUGUUUUUUUUUUAGCCCAAGUCAAUUAAAAAUAAAAAUCAUAUAACAGC